AUGGCAGAUGAUGACGUUCCUUCGGAUAGUAGCACAUUAGUGAUUAUAGUUGACACAAAUCCAAAUCAAAGGUAUAUAACGGAGGAUCCCAAAGUACUAACAGGAUGUUUGGAUGCGGUGAUUGCAUUUGCCAAUUCACAUUUAAUGCAAAAAUCAAGAAACGAACUAGCUGUAAUUGGUUGUCAUUUUCAUAAAAGUGAAUAUCUGUACCCAUCGCCAGGCAAACCAUUGGAUGUAAGACAAAUUGAUGGGCAAUAUGAGCUAUUUACACUUGUUGAAAAGACUAUCAAAAUGAGAUUAGUGAACUUAAUAAAAAGUCAACCACAAGAAGAGAAGCCAGGGGAGUCUCUGCUAGCAGGAGCACUUGCCAUGGGGCUAUGUUUCAUUUCAAGAAUACGUCGAGAGUCAUCCCCAGCAUUAAAAAUAAGUAGUAGAAUUCUUAUUGUGACGGGCAGCUCAGAUACUGCUGCACAGUAUAUUAAUUAUAUGAAUGUGUUCUUUACUGCACAGAAACAGCAAGUAAUAAUAGAUGUUUGUUCGUUGGACAAGCAUUUAAGUUUGCUACAGCAGGGGUGUGAUAUCACAGGUGGAUUAUAUCUCAAAGUGCCAUCUUUAGAAGGAUUGCUACAGUAUUUAUUGUGGGUAUUCCUUCCAGAAGGCUCGGAACGCAGGCAGCUAGUACUUCCUGGUCGUGGCCGCGUAGAUUACCGCGCUGCUUGCUUCUGUCACCGGGAACUAUUGUCUAUAGGAUAUGUAUGCUCUGUCUGCUUAAGCGUGUUCUGCAAAUUCAGCCCUAUAUGUACCACAUGCCACACGGUAUUCAAAAUCGCUGGACCCUUACAGAUCAAGCCCAAGAAGAAGAAAGUGAAAGUUUAA